CUCGUUCACUAUCCAAGUCUCAAUCGCCGCUGGAUCGAUUACCAUCUACCGCCCUUCGCGAACAGGAAACCUCUCUCCUCAGUCCCAUCGUCCGUCUACGGGCACGACGUCUAAUAUUUGCUAGCACCACAGCCGCGUCGUCCUCGAACCUCUGCACCGCGCCGUUUCGAUCGACCACCCAUUCCCCAUUCAUCCAUACACCCACGAGCACGAUGUCGGACGACGAUGAUUUCAUGCAAGAAUCUGAUCCAGAGCAAUAUGACUUUGAAUACGAGGACGACGAUGACAUGGGCGGUAACGACGCCUCCGUCGACAUCGAAAACAAAUACUACAAUGCCAAACAGCUUAAAACCGACAACCCGGCCGAAGCAAUAGAAGAGUUCCUCGGCGUUCCUGCCCUGGAAGAGGACAAAGGUGAAUGGGGAUUCAAGGGCCUCAAACAGGCAAUCAAGUUGGAGUUCGCCCUGGGCAGAUACGAUGACGCGGUAACACAUUACAAAGAGCUGUUGACUUAUGUGAGGUCUGCCGUGACGAGGAACUACUCUGAAAAGUCCAUCAACAAUAUGCUCGAUUACAUUGAGAAAGGGGCCGGUCAACCUGCCGCCAGCGCUGGCGCUCGUGCGAGCCGGGGCGACACGGAGACAACGGCGUAUAAGUCCAUGGAAGAGUUCUACCGGUUGACGCUUGAUACUUUCCAGAGCACGAACAAUGAGAGAUUGGCUCUCAAGACGAAUUUGAAACUGGCCAAGUUGUAUCUCGACAAGAAGGACUACAAUCAACUGAGCAACAAGGUCAGGGAGAUCCACCAGGCGUGUCAGAAGGAAGACGGCACCGACGACCCCGGCAAGGGCACGUACUCGCUCGAGGCAUACGCACUCGAGAUCCAGAUGUAUGCCGAGAUGAAAAACAACAAGCGUCUCAAAUCUCUGUAUCAAAAGGCUCUGACUGUUCGAUCUGCGGUCCCUCAUCCCAAGGUCCAAGGGAUCAUCCGAGAAUGCGGCGGGAAGAUGCACAUGAGUGAGGAAAAUUGGAAAGAGGCGCAAAGCGACUUCUUCGAGUCGUUCAAGAACUAUGAUGAAGCAGGGUCCAUGCAGAGAAUCCAGGUCUUGAAAUACCUUGUUCUUACAACCAUGUUGAUGAAAUCGACCAUCAACCCAUUCGAUUCACAGGAAACGAAACCGUACAAGAACGAUCCGCGCAUUUCGGCAAUGACAGACCUGGUGGAUGCCUAUCAGCGCGACGACAUUCACCGCUACGAGUCCAUUCUCAAGGAGAACCAAGAUCUACUCGCCGACCCGUUCAUUGCCGAAAAUAUUGACGAAGUCAGCCGGAACAUGCGCACAAAGGCUGUCUUGAAGCUGAUUGCACCGUACAGCCGCUUCACCCUGCAAUUUAUCUCAAAGCAUAUCAAGAUCCCCGUCAGCGAGGUCCAGGACAUUCUAGCCGUUCUGAUUGUGGACAAGAAGCUGCAAGCGAGAAUCAAUCAGGAAAAUGGGACCGUCUUAGUGGAAGACGCCCAUGCAGAUGACACGCAGCACUUGAACCAGCUUCGCGAUUGGACCUCAGCCGCUGAAAGCUUGUGGUCGGUGUUGUUCAACGAGGGCGAAGGGUUCAAGCUCGAAGACGUUCAGGGUGGUGCCUCAUUUCCAGGCCUGGUUUUCCCAAUGGGCUUCGAAGCGAGUGGGCCCAUCCCAAGCCGGGGCCCUGGGCGUCGGGGCCAUGGACGCGGUCGGGGAGGCGGGAAGCCAGUUGCUCCAAUAUGAGAAGCGCAUUUUGGCAUGUCCCCAAGGGAGCGGGAACAUGUGCGGCUGCGACAAAUGGCAGCUGUGGUCGCACACGCCUUCGACUAGACACACCUAGCUUGGCAUUCAAGGGCAAUUUGACAUCUGCAUUGUUUUCAAGCCAGCUUGCAACACUACCUACCUGGCUGGGGACGAAGAAAUGAACAGCGUCAAAAUCUGGCCUGAAGGUCAUGUUAUUGCACCCAGGCAAGUGAAGGAUCCGAAGUGGUCUGACACAGUGAGUUCAGCCGAUGGUUGCUGCCAGAUCCAACGCCACAGCAAGUAGGCAGAGGUUGAGAAGAAGGGGGUUUCUGAAAGUAGAAAUCGGACCUGUGGAAGCGACAGAAAUUGUGUGCAAGCAAGCUUCCUGCUCGGGCCUUGUUGAGAUGGAGUGGCAAGUUGGGCUAGACCUGUGGAAAAUACGGGGAGGCCUACCUAUGCUGAUUGCCAGCCUCAGCACAGCGGUCCCCUCACUGAGGCAAUGAUCGAUGGUGGGUGUGGUAGCCUAUAGCACAGCGUCAACCACGGACAUACCCGUUGAUAGACAGUGCUGUUGACACCCGUCGCGAGGAUAGGGUUGUGGCAGAAACCGACCCGAAAGAUUGUUCGGCUGAUUUCCCUUCCAUUUCCUCCUUCAUUUGUCCUCUUCUCCGACCCUCUCUCGCCC